UUGAAAAAAUGCUAAAAUAAGUUGUAUGUAUAUUUAUUUUGAUAAAAUUUGUAGCAAUGGCGACCUUAAACCUAUCGUUUGUGAUAUGGUGCGAUGGUCGUAUGGUAAGCUCUCCGGCUGGAGUAGAAUACCAGGGCGGCCGUCGGGCGGAUAUGCCAAUUAUUGAUAGGAUGAAGUUUGAAGAAUUGAGAAAUAUUUGUAUAAGGGCAGUCGCUACGGACUCGGAAGUGGAGAUUACAAAAAUCUACUUUCGGCUUCCAAAAAUUGAAAGUGGUCGUAUUGUCUCCUACUCGUUGUACUCAGUGGAAAACAACGAGCAUAUUUUUGGAAUUUUGAGAGAGACGAUGCGGUACCGAGGGCUUGAUACUUUAGAAUUUUACGUCGAGUAUCGUACUGUCGUUUGUCACGAUGUCUCUGUGGAUCAGUUGGUUCUGAGUGAAUCGAGUGGGUCGGAGAUAGGGAGUGAUGAAGAUGAAGAUGAUGAAGAGGAUUUUUUUGGUUGCGAGGAAGAGGCAGAAGAGCAAGAGGAUUGCAAUGAUCAUGAUUCUGGAGAAGACACAGUGUACCAAUCGCAACUCCCAGAAGGUUUUAACCAUGUCAAUUUGGAUGAUUUUGAUGUGGCACCAGAAUCUGAUGAGAACCUUAUGUGGAAUCCUGGGAUGGAGUUCCAAGUUGGGAUGAUCUUCCCAAAUCGUGCUUCUGUUCAGGCAUGCGCUACUGCUUAUUCUGUUGAGAAUGGGAGGGAGCACAAAAGUCGUCGGACAACCAACUAUACUGUUGUGUUUGCAUGUAGGUAUAAUCCUAUUUGCAAAUGGUGGCUGCGUGCAACUCUGCUUCAAGCAACUCAUACGUGGACAUGCACAAAAUAUAUCGGGCCGCAUACGUGCAAUGAGCUGGUGCCAAAUGCUAAUCAUAGAAAUUUUGGGGCACGAGAAAUUGCGAAAUACGUGCGGAGGGAAGUGAUGGAGCAGCGUGACAUACGCGUUAAUACCCUUAUUGCUGGCAUUUGGGAUGAACAUAGAGUGAGACCUCCAUAUAAAAGAAUGUGGUAUGCAAAGGAGAAGGCAAUUGCUUCUGUUUACGGGGACUGGCAUGAAUCCUUCGGAUGUAUCAAUGACAUAAUGCAUAAUAUGGUUCACGUAAAUCCGGGCUCAUUCUGGCAUGCGGAAGGCGAUGAUGUUUACAUUAACGGGAUGCUUCAGCCGGAUAUUAGAACGUUCGUUAGAAUGUUUUGGACUUUUUUUCCGAUGGUUGCUGGAUUUCGAUUCUGCAAACCUGUUAUGUUUGUCGAUGGGACCCAUUUGUAUGGGAGAUACAAGAUGACGAUGUUGAUUGCGUCAGCGAUAGAUGGAAACAGCCAUAUAAUGCCAGUAGCGUUUGCAAUUGUGGAAUCAGAAAGUACUGAAAGUUACGAAUAUUUUCUCGGGCAUUUACGGGAACAGGUCAUUCUUGGACGGAAGGUUUCCAUUAUUUCUGAUCGCCAUGCUGGCAUUUUAGCAGUUCUGAGGCGUCCUGAAUGGGCUGAUGUUCCGCACAAAUUCUGCAUAAGGCACUUGGCCAGUAAUUUCAAUACUCACUUUAGGGACAAGUCGUUGAAAAAAUUGAUGGAGAAAACAGGUCGGGCAUAUCAGAAGAAAAAAUACAAAAGAUAUAUGGAAGUCAUGAGGAUAAAAAGCCCAGAAGGUUAUGCAUGGUUAACCGACGAGCAUCGACCGAAAGAAAAAUGGUCAAGGGCCCACGACCAUCGAGGACAGCGCCACAACGUGAUGACAACAAAUUAUGCCGAGUCGGUCAAUGCGACCCUAAGGAACAUUAGGGGGCUUCCAAUUUCAUCAAUGCUUGAGACUUUAAUUAAAAAGCUUGUCGACAUGUUCGUAAGGCGUAGGACGACCUAUUCACAGUUGAUUGCUAAGGGGGUUCAAUACACUCCAAUCCUGGACCACAUAUUGAAGAAACGGGUUGCGAAGGCCCGUCAUCAUACCAGUCAGACAUAUGACCGUACCACCAUGACAGCCCAAGUGGUCACUGGGACGAACCACAGGACCGGAAGAGGAGGAAACACACAUACUGUCAACCUUAGUAAAAAAAAUGCACGUGCGAAGAAAUUAAACCCUCACGACUACGUCAGCUGGCACUAUGAAACGAAGAAUGCAAUCCAAUGUUGGGACACCCCUUUCAUUCCAUUGCGUGACCGCGAGUGCUGGAGGAUCCCUAACAUGCCUUCUUUCGUUCCAAAUCUGCAAUGGGAAAGACAGAGGGGGCGACCGGUUAAUCAUCGCUUCAGGAACGAGAUGGAUCAGGAGUAUAGAGAAGAUCCAAGUUCUCUUUGGUGUAGUAGAUGUUCUAGUUUCGGCCACCAGGCACAAGUUUGUAUUAAUGCUGCUAGGAACCCAGGAAAUUAG